CACAGGCUGGCGGUAAGUUUAGACCACUCAAAGUUUGAAGUUGCGGUGCAGAGAGAGAGCACGUCGGGGAUCCUUGGGCUCUCCGGGGCUUUUCUCCAGCCACAAAACUGCCUUCUUGAGGUCUACCAUGGAGGAAUCACUAUCAGAUCUGGAGCCCCCACUGAGUCAGGAAACCUUCUCAGACCUAUGGAAAUUACAAUGGAACAAUUUACCAGAUGAUUUGUCGAAUAUAGAUGAUAUACAGUUUGCCUCUUCAGAUAGUAUAAGCUGGCUGGAAAAUGAGGAAGAAAAUCAUGGAUUUCAGGUGUCUUUGCCCCCAGUUAACCUGCCAACAUCAUCUACUGUUCCAUCCCAAAAGGACUAUCCUGGAGAUUAUGGCUUCAGACUUGGAUUUCUACAGUCUGGAACGGCCAAGUCUGUCACCUGCACGUACUCCCCUGAACUGAACAAGCUAUUUUGCCAGCUGGCCAAGACCUGCCCUGUCCAGCUCUGGGUCACUUCACCACCACCUGCUGGUGCCCGAGUCCGUGCUAUGGCUAUUUAUAAGAAGUCAGAACAUAUGACUGAGGUGGUUAAGCGUUGUCCCCACCAUGAAAGAUGUACUGAGCACAAAGAUGCCUUGGCACCCCCACAGCACCUGAUUCGGGUGGAAGGAAACCUACGGGCUGAAUACCUUAGUGAUCUCACCACCCAGCGACAGAGUGUGUCCGUCCCUUAUGAGUCCCCAGAGGUUGGCUGUGAUUAUACUACAGUCCAUUACAACUAUAUGUGCAACAGUUCCUGCAUGGGGGGCAUGAACCGGCGCCCAAUCCUCACUAUCAUAACUCUAGAAGACUCCAGUGGUCAGCUUCUUGGACGUCGGAGCUUUGAAGUACGUGUAUGUGCCUGUCCUGGAAGAGACCGACGGACUGAAGAGGAAAAUUUCCGGAAGAAGGGAGGUCACAAUCCACAGCCAUCCUCUGAGAGCAAUAAACGUGCAUUGCCCACAACUCCUAGCAGCACCCCCAAGACUAAAAAGAAGUUAAUGGAUGGAGAAUAUUUCACUCUCCAGAUUCGAGGUCGACACCGCUACGAGCUACUUCGAGAGCUGAAUGAAGCCUUGGAACUAAAAGAAGCUCAUAGUGGGAAAGACCCUGAAGGGAGCUGUCCCCACCGCAGCCAAUUGAAGUCCAAGAGAGGAGAUUCUACCCCCUGUCAAGGCAAAAGACUUUUGGUGAAAAGUGAAGUUGCUGACUCUGACUGAGGCUUUGUAGCAUCCCCAAGACACUUUGUAACCUUCUCUGAACUUUGGAGAUUCCCAAUCUUAAAAUUCCCCAAACCCCCUUUUUCCAACUUAUCUAUCUUAAAUAGCAAACUCUCCUUCACUUUGCUGUUCAGUUGUCCUGAAUAUGACCUUGUCAUGACCCUGUUCUGACUCAGCCCAGGACUUCCUGAUAGCAGGUCCAGUCUAGCUGCAAGCUUUUUGCUACCUGAGGGUCACAGAAACAGGAUUUAAACCCAGAACUCCACAGGGAUAUUUCCGUUCUGCCGUAUUUCUAGACAAGAGUUUUUCCAUUUUGACAUCUGGAAUAAAAUGAACACCCCAGUCUGAAAUAUAACCCCAGUAACCCCCGGAGUUAGUCUGAAGUGCCCACCUCAGUGAAGUUUUUGGGGUUGCCCCAACCCUUUUUUAUAAUCUUUUUGCCAUUUUUUACAUUUCUUAUUUUCAAAUAAAGAGUUAAUGCUA